AUGGCCCACUCCGUCGAUAGUCCUGUCAAGCAGCAACUGGUGGACAAAGUGCCCAAGCGCUUCCGUGGAAUCAAAUUCGGCAUCCAGUCCAACCAGGAUAUUUCCAACCAGGCUGUCACUGAAAUUUCGAAUCGACUCCUCUACGACAUCGAAAACAACCGUGCUCCCUACAAGAACGGUCCUCUUGAUAUCCAAUUGGGUACCUCUAGUAAAUCAGGCAAAUGCUCUACCUGUAACGAAGCUCUUCAGGGCUGCAAUGGUCACUUUGGUUAUGUCCGACUUCCGUUGCCAGCCUUUCACGUUGGCUAUCUACGUUUCAUCAUAUCCAUUCUCCAAGAAAUCUGCAAGGACUGUGGACGUGUACUGCUUACCGAAACCGAACGACGACAAUUCCUUGCCGAUUUGAGAAAGCCUUUUAUCGAUAAUUUGCGGCGCACCCAGAUCCGCAAAAAAAUCAAUGAGCAAUGCAGGAAGGCAAGAACCUGCCCUUAUUGUUCGUCGGUAAAUGGUCAGAUCCGAAAGAUUGGCGUGUUGAAGCUCGUUCACGACAAGUUUGUUGCUUUUAACAAAUCAACCGCUAUUAAAAAGGAGCCGCCAGCCAGCAAAAUUAUCUUCGACAACUCCUUCAGCGAAGCGAAGCGAGAGAACCCCGAAGUUGAGAAGCACUUGCGUAGGGCUAUGGAAGAUCUUAACCCGCUACGAGUUUUGAACCUAUUUAAGAUGAUCAGUGCUCCGGAUUGCGAACUUCUUGGCCUCAACCCUGCUGAAGGCCGACCCGAGAUGUUUAUCUGGCAAUUCCUACCCGCACCCCCCGUUUGUAUCAGACCAUCUGUUGCUCAGGACAACUCAAGCACAGAAGAUGAUAUCACUGCGAAGCUUGCUGAUAUUGUCUGGAUUAGUGGCAUGAUCCGCUCGGCCCUGCAAAAGGGAUCUGCCAUUCAGACCAUCAUGGAACAGUGGGAGUAUCUCCAGACUCAAAUUGCAAUGUACAUCAAUAGUGAUGUCCCAGGUCUGCAACAACCCGGAUUUGGUAAAGCCGUACGUGGCUUUUGCCAACGCCUUAAGGGUAAACAGGGCCGAUUCCGUGGUAACCUCUCUGGCAAGCGUGUCGAUUUCUCUGGCCGUACCGUUAUUUCACCAGAUCCCAACUUGGGAAUUGAUGAAGUUGCUGUGCCCCAGCUUGUCGCUAAGAAUUUGACCUACCCUGAGAGAGCCCAGCGUCACAACAUCGAAAAGCUGCGCCAGUGCAUUAAGAAUGGUCCUGAUGUGUGGCCCGGCGCUCAGCAUAUCAUUAAAUCUGACGAUGGAGGCUAUAAAAUCUCGCUCAAGUUUGCCAAUAAAAAUCUGGCGGCUCGAGAGCUCAGAUAUGGUGACGUUGUCGAGCGUCAUCUUGAAGAUGGCGAUAUUGUGUUGUUCAACCGACAGCCUUCGCUUCACAAACUCAGUAUUAUGAGCCAUCUUGCCAAGAUUCGCCCUUGGAGAACCUUCAGACUAAACGAAUGUGUUUGCAAUCCUUACAACGCUGAUUUUGACGGUGAUGAGAUGAACCUUCACGUUCCUCAGACAGAGGAGGCCCGCACAGAAGCCAUGACUCUCAUGGGAGUUAAACACAACCUGAGCACCCCAAAGAACGGUGCCCCUAUUAUUGGUGCCACACAAGAUUUCAUCACCGCUGCCUUUUUACUUAGUAACAAGGAGCGGUUCUUUGAUCGAAAGACCUUUACAUACAUGUGCAUGCACAUGCUCGGCACGGAAACGUACCUCGAGCUCCCACCGCCAACAAUUAUUAAGCCAAUGGCUCUGUGGACCGGAAAACAGCUGUUCAACAUUAUGAUGAAGCCCAACAAAGACUGCCCUAUCAUGGUCAAUGUCGAAGCCAAGUGCAAGACGUUCUCAUCCAAGUCUCGCAACUGCCCCGAUAUGGACCCCAAUGAUGGUUGGUUGGUAGUGAGAAAUUCUGAAGUCAUGUGCGGUGUCAUGGACAAAUCAACUGUCGGUACAGGAAAGAAGGACUCGAUAUUCUACGUUAUUCUACGUGAUUAUGGCCCCAAUGAGGCCGCAGUUGCUAUGAAUAGACUGGCAAAGCUUUGUGCCAGAUAUCUGACGAAUAGAGGUUUCUCAAUUGGUGUUGGAGAUGUGUGCCCGACUAGCAGUCUUACAGCUGAAACCGAGAAACUCGUCUCUACUGCUUACAAACAGUGUGACAGCCUCAUUGAGAAGUUUAAGCAGGGCAAGUUGGAGAAAGCGCCUGGUUGUACCAUGGAACAGACGCUGGAGAACUCCAUUUCUGGUAUCCUCAGUAAGGUCAGACAGCAAGCUGGUGACUACUGUAUUGAUACGCUCAGCAAGAACAACGCUCCCUUGAUCAUGGCCAAAUCCGGAUCCAAGGGUUCCGACAUUAACGUCGCCCAGAUGGUUGCCCUAGUCGGUCAGCAAAUUAUCGGUGGUCAGCGUGUGCCUGAUGGUUUCCAGGACAGAAGUUUGCCCCAUUUCUUCAAGAAUGCUCGUCAACCCCCCUCCAAGGGUUUCGUGAAGAACAGUUUCUACACCGGCUUGGUGCCCACAGAGUUCCUUUUCCACGCCAUCUCUGGCAGAGAAGGUCUGGUUGAUACUGCUGUCAAGACUGCUGAAACUGGUUAUAUGUCACGUCGUCUCAUGAAGUCUCUGGAAGAUUUGUCCACUCAGUAUGAUGACACGGUACGAACAUCAGCUGGUGCGGUCGUUCAGUUCCAGUUUGGCGGUGAUCGUCUAGAUCCUGUUGACAUGGAAGGCUCUGGUGUCCCCGUGCAAUUUUCCCGAACUUGGAGUCACGCAGAUGGUUUAACAAACGAUAAUUCAGAGCCUACUCUCACGCCAUGCGCGGCGCGAGAACUCUGUCAAUCACUCCUGGACAAGGAGCGCAAGAAGUUUCCCCGCAAGGGCCUGCUCUACGAUGAGCUUCUCGAUUACAAUGAUACGAGUGAUUACGGAGUGGACGAGUAUGAAGGCACAAGAAACUUCUUUAACGACAUUGGAGCCUUUGUUGACCAGCUCGCCUCAAAGCUUACGGAUGUAAUGAAGCAUGCUGGAUUUAAAAAUGGCAAACCUACCAAUGCUACUGCCCAAGCGCAUGCGGAGAGAACUGGAAAAAUCACUGCCAGUACCUUGAAGAUGUUUAUUGAGCUAUGCUUGGAAAAGUAUAAGAAGGCUCAUGUCGAACCCGGCCAUGCGGUUGGUGCCGUCGCCGCGCAGUCUAUUGGUGAACCAGGAACGCAGAUGACGUUGAAGACUUUCCAUUUUGCUGGUGUCGCUGGUAUGAGUAUUACACAGGGUGUGCCGCGUAUUAAAGAAAUCAUCAACGCCUCCAAGUUGAUUUCAACGCCUGUCAUCACUUGCCCGCUGCUUAACAACAAGGCGAUCGAAGCAGCCAGGGUUGUCAAAGCUCGAAUUGAAAAGAUCUUCUUAUCCGACGUGCUCCGCUUCAUUGAAGAUGAGUGGCGAGCUGACGAAGGCAACGUCGUGGUCCAGAUUGAUCGCCAAGCUCUGUCAGACAUGCAUCUAGGUGUUGGAGUUGAAGAUAUCGCCCGAACUAUCUGCAAAGAUAGGAAGCUUAAGCUGCAACCGGGAGACAUUACCAUCUUCGAUGAUAGAAUCACCAUUCGCGUGCGCGACGCCAGCAGUAUCGUGAAGAAGACUGCCUCUCGCAGCAAAGCAGGUGAUGAUACUGGAGAUAUGUUAAUCAGAGCCAACGCAAUCCGUCGCCAACUCCCUGCAUUAGCUAUCUCUGGUUAUCCUGAAGCGACCAGAGCUCUGAUUGAGACCUGUGAUGACGAAACGCACAGAGUCUUGGUCGAAGGCUACGGCCUCCGCGCAUGCAUGACCACUGAAGGCGUCGUUGGCACGCAGACAAGGACUAACAGCGUUACAGAGUGUAACGAUGUUUUGGGAAUUGAAGCUGCACGAACAACAAUUGCAUUUGAAAUCGAAGAAGUCAUGAAGUUCAUGGACAUUGAUCACCGUCAUAUGCAAGUUCUUGCUGAUGCAAUGACUUUCAAGGGUGAAAUUCUUGGUAUCACCCGUUUUGGUCUGUCCAAGAUGCGAGACAGUGUGCUGCAUCUUGCAUCGUUUGAGAAAACGCCUGAUCAUUUGUUCGAAGCCGCAGCUGGCAUGAAGACAGACAAGAUUGAGGGUGUCAGUGAAGGUAUUAUCAUGGGCCAGGCGAUGACAGUAGGGACCGGCGCAUUCCAAGUGGUGCGCCGACUAGCUAUUGCUCCACGAGAUCUCAAGCAAAAGCCGACGCUGUUCGAAGAUGCCUGGGCGGAGAGUGGAAAGAAGAAAUAG